AUUCUUCAGUUCUUCUUCUUUUUCGAUCUGCUUCGUAGAGUCGAUAGAGGGAAGAAUCAAAGAAGGAAGUCUGUAUCUUUUGAGCUCUCCAAAGAUGUUUGACGACCAAGACCUCGGCUUCUUUGCCAAUUUUCUGGGGAUUUUCAUCUUCAUAAUGGUCAUUGCAUACCAUUUCGUGGUGGCAGAGCCUAAAUUCGAAUGAGAAUGAGGUUUCAUCUUUGUUAGUUUCUACAAAAAAAAAACUUAUAAAUGUGUUGGAAUCAAUAUGUCUUUAGCAUUCUAUAGGUCGUGAUGUUUCGCCAGUAGAUGAGUAAUCAAUGUAUUUUGACAAUGUGGUUUUGGAUGGAUUAAGAGUUAAAAGACUUCAUUUUUCGUAGUGUUUCAAUCAUUCAAGUUUUAGUAUGCAAGUUUUCUGUUUAGAGCAUAUUGCAUACAUGGGCGAAUAUGGUAUACCUGGAUUUCCCAGUUCUUCAGGUCUUCUCUGUAGCUCUGUUACUUCUAUCACAGUUAUCGGGUAUUUG